UGAGUGGCUCUAGCUGAGGGGUAACUGUGCAGCGUCUGAUGGACCGCCUAUCCUUUGUGCCAUGAUCAGUCCCGAAACCGAAGGGGCAGAAGUUGCACCAAAUGAAAUCAACCUAGGCGGCAAUGAUUUUGAGACGAGCCCAUUGGUUUUCAAUGCGAUCGACUUGCCCAGGACGCGGAGAUAUACCCCUUGCUAUUUGCUCCUCGCAGUGUCACUGAUCAGUACGGCCAUUUGGCGCAUUGGAUCAGAGACUGCAGAAGUCUCCAAACUCACAGCUUUAGACUUGCACAAUGCCUGUGGGCGGAAGCUCAGUUGGUCUGCAGAUCGCCACCUAUGUGUCGCAGCCAAAGGGGCCUACAACGGAGCAGAGGUCACGACCCAGCCAUGCGGCAGCCUGGGUUUUCAGGAUGAAUGGAUCUUCACCAAGCGGGGGAAGAACAUCACCCGAAUGCGCCUGGCUACUGCUCCUCACCUGUGCAUGUCACCAAUGUCAGGCCCGAAAAUAUUCCCUGGCUCAAAGCUCCUUUUGCAGUGGUGUUCCGACACGGAUCACCACCAGCAUUUCUCUGAAGUCAAUGGGACCAUCAGAUGGCAAAAGCGGGCAAACCUAUGCAUGGAUGUUCAAUAUGACAAAGAUGCCGCAAACACCCCGCUUCAACUGUGGCACUGUACAGGUGCCAAGGUGCAAAUGUUUGACCAGUGGCCUUGCAAGGACAGGUGCUUCAGGCAGAUCCACUUUACUCGACAUCCAGGAAUGUGCUUAACUACGGCUGGCUGGCAUUUGAAGGAAGGAGUGGAUCUGGGCCUCUCACCAUGCCUUGAGAGCCAUUGGGGAGCAAGUCAGUUCAAGUUCAGCACCUCAGGUGGCAAGCUCCAGCUGGCCUUGAAUCACGAACUCUGUGCAGAGGCUGAUGGCUCGGGCCUGCGGAUUGCCAAGUGCGCUGAGAAUCACCCCAAGCAAGACUUCAUGCUGAACUACUCGCUCAUCGUCGGACGCGGCAGUGAUCCAAGUUGCAUCAUGGCCAAGCCUUCGAAGGCGUUGAAGCUAGCGAAGAGCUGCAGAUCUGAACCAGAGGUGGAGGCCCUAACCAGUGGCUGUGAAGAAAUCAUCCAUCCUCACAUCAAGGUGAGUGAUGAUGAUGCAACAGGAUGCCCCAGACAGAUCAGGUGGUCAAGCUACCCAAGCCUUUGCAUUGGCACUAUGGCUUGGCAUGUGGGACAUGGGCAAAACAUAGUCCUUUCCGCCUGUGAAGACCACAAAAUGGCAGGCCCACGCCAACAUUGGGUCUUCACAACUAAGGGGAAGAUUCAACUGGCUUCUAGUCCAAGUUACUGUCUCGAGGUGACUAAGCAACUCUAUGAAAGUUACUUUCCCAUCUCUUCACAAGCAGAUGGUGCGCACCUCCAACUGUCGCAAUGUAUUGAUGGUGAUGAAGCUCAGCAGUUCACAAUGGGUCCUGACAACAUCAUACGACAGGGUGACAAGUGUGUGGACGUGGAAUGGCGCAUCCCAUUGCCAUACAGUAGGUUGGUGUUGACUGAAUGUGGAGGUGAACAGCAGUUUUAUCGAGAUGUGUGUAAGAAUGAAGAGCAUGCAGUUCCUCCUCAUCGGAAGGGCUCCUUCAUCGUGGUCGGAGAUUGGGGCUGGGACCAUUUGGUGCACGGAAAUGUCCCAAAGGCGACUUGCCAAGAAGCCAUUGGGGCAAGGAUGGCACAAAUGAUGGAUGAGUUGGGCGACGUGAAGUUCAUUAUCAAUGUGGGCGACUCCUUCUACCCGGAUGGCUUGACCUCCAAGUCGGACCCUCGCUGGGAUAUACAGUGGCGAGAGAGAUACCCAGGGGUAGUCCGAAGCGUUCCUUGGUACAGCGUCUACGGCAACCAUGAUACACAUCACGAUCCAGGCUGGUGCCACUCGGGAGUUGGGUCGCAGAUCAAUGGCAACCUUCACGACUAUGGAACCUUCUACAUGCCACACUACAGCUGGCAUAUUGAACAUGACGAUUUAAAUGUUGAAGUGCUUGGCCUUGAUUUGAACAAGUUUGUGGAUGGAUGGAAUGCAACACGUCCAGUCAGCGAGCUUGAGCUUUCUGACUGCCAAUACAGCCCAUGUCCAGACGAGUGCCGUGAAAAUGCUGAGCUACGAGCAGAGGAAGCCUUUAAUUUGAUGUCCACACGCCUCAACAAGUCGCAGAAGAGCAACCUCCUCGUUUUCUCCCACUACCCCACAGACUACCUUCAAUCAGUGCCCGACUUUGUGAAUCAAUUGCGGCCUCAUGGAAAACGAACCAUCGCGUACUUCUCAGGGCAUCGCCACAACACCGACCAAACCACAACACUCCGAACUGGACCACAUGAUUGGCUAGUUGGAGGUGGUGGCGGUUGGAGCUGUGAUGGCAUCGAGCAGGGCUUUGUGGUUGGCAUCAUCGAUAAUGACUUCCAAUUGAAGACACAUCCAGUACUUGUAAAUCCUUGGAUGUGCUGCCCUGAUUUGCCCAAAGAAAACAACAUCAAGCUUCUGAAACGAAUGAAGCGGCUGCGGCUGAAGCUGAAAUGAGACCAGCGGCGCUCGCCAAGCGAUCCUGCCGCGCAAUCAAUUGGCGCUGCCAGAUGGCAGCGUCACGCCUGCCUAGUUGCACGGGGUUCCCACUCAACCUUGGAUCCAUUUGAAUAAUCCAUGAAUCCCGUGUUGAACAUUGGGAGACGUGAUGUCAGGUGCGUUUCGAAAGCAAUAGCACCGAGGACAAGAGCAAUGCCUCUGUCUGUUCGGAGAGAUCCGACAUUGCAUCAGAAA